AUUUCAUUUACAAACAUGCUGCUGCUUCAGUUGGUUAGCCUUGCGCUAGUGGCUUUGGCUAGCCAGGCACAUAGCCUGAAAUUGAAGAAAGAUGUGCCCGUUUUUGUAAAAACUCUAAAAGAGCUGCAUCGUGGUCCGCCCCAGCGGACAGUGGCACGUGCAGACACCGCGGAGGAAAAAUGGAUUACACAACCACUUGAUCACUUCGAUGAAAGCAAUACGAAGACAUACGAAAUGCGAUACUUCAUUAACGAUGAAUUCCAAACCGACGGCAGCCCCAUAUUCAUAUUUCUGGGUGGAGAAUGGGAGGCCAGCCCAGGGAUGAUACAACAGGGUCAUUGGUACGACAUGGCCAAGGAGCACAACGGCGUGCUGAUCUACACUGAGCAUCGUUAUUAUGGACAGAGUGUGCCCACAGAGACAAUGUCUUUGGACAACCUACAGUAUUUGCAUGUCAAGCAGGCGCUCGCGGAUGUCGCCCAUUUUAUUGAAACUUUUAAAUCGGAGAAUGCACAGCUUACCAACUCGAAGGUGUUGCUAGCCGGCGGCUCCUACUCGGCCACAAUGGUCGUUUGGUUCAAGCGCCUCUAUCCCGACUUGGUUGUGGGUGGCUGGGCUUCUAGCGCACCGCUGCUUGCCAAGGUUGAUUUCUUUGAAUACAAAGAGGUGGCGGGCAGAGCGUUCCUUGAGCUGGGUGGUCAGAAGUGCUACGAUCGCAUUCAGAAUGGUAUUGCCGACCUGGAGUACAUGUUUGAAAACAAACGCGCAGCUGAAGCACGUGCCAUGUUGCGUGUAUGCAGCAGUUUUGAUCAUGAAAGCGAUUUAGAUAUGUGGAACUUAUUCGGCAGCAUUUCCAAUAUCUUUGCAGGUGUAGCUCAGUCACAAAGCGCGGGCGAUAUCGAGUAUUAUUGUGACUUUCUGCUGAGCUUUAACGAUGAUGCCACAGCCAUAGCGAACUUUGCCUAUUGGGCCUGGAAUUAUCCAACCUGCAUCGAUGCGCGCUAUCAAGAAACAGUCGAGUAUUAUCUGUGGGGCAUUGAGAACUUUGACGACUCUCGACCCUGGUUUUAUCAGACCUGUAACGAGUACGGCUGGUAUCAGUCAUCGCGAUCAAAUAAUCAGCCUUUUGGCAACAAGUUCCCUGCCACGUUCUACAUUGAAAUGUGUAAAGAUGUCUUCAGCUCCAAGUUCGGAAACGAACAGGUCGAAAGCAAUGCCGCACAAACCAAUGAGGACUUUGGCGGCCUGGAACCGAACGUUGAGAACGUCUAUAUGACACACGGAGAACUGGAUCCUUGGAGUGCCAUGGGUCAUGGUGUUGCAGAGGGUGCCACGGUUAUUUCAAAAGCCUCCCACUGUACGGACUUUGAUUCAAUCAGCUCCAGCGACAGCGCAGAAAUGCGGGCUUCCAAGGAACGUAUUGCUGAACUAGUUCGCGAAUGGUUGGCCUAACUUUAAAUAUCAUUCUUCUAACAUUGCUACCUCUAUCGUGGCACAGAAAUAAAAUUUUAUGCCCACACGUUUAUAUACAUAGAAA